AUGAAAUUCAGUAAGAUCGACUACUUCAAUAUCAAUGUCAAGGAAUACAGAAUCAGUGGCUCAAAGAUCCAAUCGAAGGAGGAGCCAGUUCCAACUGUCUUUGAGUCGACUCUCUUUGCCAGUAACCCAGUGGUGGCCAAGUCACUCUACUUCAAGCAGCUGAACAAACAGUACAAAAUCAAGAGAAGAGAUGCAGUGGUAUUGAGAUGCAUAGAGGUGAAGCAAGCAAGUGACUUCGUAGUCAAGAACUAUCGCAUUACAUUUGUCUAUAGGACACGAACUGGAUUCCAGAAUGCAUACAAGGAGAUUAGGCACGUCAAUAAGGCAUGUGCUGUCUCCACGAUGUUUCAGGAGUUUGGAUCAAGGCACAAGGUGAGACAUGAGGAUAUUUACAUCUCAACAGUUGAGGAGUUUAAGGCGGAAGAAGCAACCAAGGCAAAGUGUCUGACUUAUUCAGCAGAAGGAGUGAAGUUCCCAAUCUUCAAGAAGAUCCCAAACACCAGUGCUAAGUAUGUUCCAAUUGACACUGACAUUUUCAACUAA